AAUCCAACUUCCAGAAUCCCAUAAAAACACGUAGCGGGCGCAAGAUUACGCACCGUGACCUCUGCCCGGUGGAGAAAAUAGAGGAGGAAGAGGAGGAAGAGGAGCCGCACGCACGCACGCACGCACGCACGCCUGCAGGUCGGAGACAUGUCGCUGUUUAUUCUCGGAGGACGCUUGUGUUCGAGCGGAGCUCGGUUCGGCAGAGAAGCCGUCCGGACCUGCAGCUCGUCUGUGACCUCAGGCCGGCAGCGUGUGAAUGGAGUGGACCUGUACUUCGAGCAGACGGGCCGAGGGGGACACGCUGUGCUGCUGCUUCCUGGUGCUCUGGGAAGCACAAAGACAGAUUUCGGCCCUCAGCUUCAGUCUCUCAAUAGGGAGCUCUUUACUGUCGUGGGCUGGGACCCGCGCGGUUACGGCCGAUCCCGUCCGCCACACAGAGACUUUCCCACUGACUUCUUUGAGCGUGAUGCGAAGGACGCUGUGGACCUGAUGAAGACGCUGGGCUUCAGCGGGUUCUCUCUGCUGGGCUGGAGCGACGGAGGCAUCACGGCUCUGAUAGCAGCAGCCAGGAACCCCCGCCUGAUCAGAAAGAUGGUCAUAUGGGGAGCCAACGCUUUCGUUUCUCAGCAGGACCUCCAGCUCUAUGAAGCCGUCCGCGACGUCUCCAGGUGGAGCGCGAGGAUGAGACAGCCCAUGGAGGACGUGUAUGGAGCUGAAGCCUUUGCUAAAACCUGGGAGGCCUGGGUGAAUGGGGUGGCUCAGUUCAUUCACAGACCAGAAGGGAGUAUCUGCAUGGAGCUGCUGCCUCAGAUCAGCUGUCCAACACUCAUCAUCCAUGGAGAGAAGGACCCCAUGGUGCCCAGCUUCCACCCACAGUACCUGCUCAAACACAUCAAGGGCGCACGAUUACACCUGAUGCCAGAGGGAAAACACAAUCUCCACCUGAAGUACGCUGAUGAAUUCAACAAGCUGGUGGAAGAUUUUCUGCAGGAGUGAAAGGAGCUGAUGAGAUGAUGCUGGUUUAAGUAGAAACGUCACGAGAAACUCAGUUUAAGUGUGAUUCUUGUCCAGCAGUCACUUAUCCAUGGCCUGUAAAGGUACAGUGUGUGUAUAUUAAACGGAAGAUUAAAGACAAAGAGUUCCAUAAAGCA